GACGCGACGCGACGCGACGCGACGCGACGGCAGGCUGCGCGUGCUGCUGCUGCUGGCCUACCCACGCCACGUUACGUACGCGACAAUACGUGUGAUCCGGAUGACGCAUCGACGACGAUGCUAAUGCAUUCCCCGCACGCUGACGCGCACCGGGGGAAAACGAGAGCGAGCGCGCGUCGCUGACAGACGGUAUAGACGGUCACCGCGGGCAUGUCGUAAGGGCGACGAUCGUCCGUUGGUUCGGCUAGAGAGAGAGAGAGAGAGAGGACCCCGAUAAUCGGGCGAGCGAGGUCGAGCCUUGAUCCUCGCGGCACGCGCGCGCGGGUGAUCGUCGUCACCGUGAGCGAGGCGGUCUGUGAUGAGCGACUCCGAACAGCGGCAGCUGCACGUGCCUUACCGAGAGUACCACAGCCAGAACAAUACCAGCCCCGCCACCACCGCAGCAGCCGCAGCUGCCGCCGCCGCCGCCGCUGCCGCUGCCACACUGGUGGAGACAGAUGCGCUGGUGGACCUAUCCAUCGCGCCCGUCAGCAGCAGCAGCAGCAGCAGCAACAACAACAACAACAGCCACCAUCAGCGCGUGUCGCUGCAGAACGAGCAGCCGCCGUCGCCGGCCGACCUGCUCCCCGACGUCGAGUUCAUUCCUGGCCUGAGCAACGACCAAACCCUAGCCAUAGAUUCCUCCGGGAUCGACCGGGAGAGCCAACCUCUCCUCGGUCGCUUGGAGCUCGACGUCACGUUCAAUAGAUUUCCAGAUGAUCCACAGUUCUCGGAACUGGUGUGGCAGGCUGAGUGCGCGAUAGACAAUGGAGUUUACCCAGAGAGGAUAUACCAGGGUUCCAGCGGGAGUUAUUUUGUCAAAAAUCCAGCGGGGAAAAUCAUAGGUGUGUUCAAACCAAAAGACGAGGAACCUUACGGCAGGCUGAAUCCAAAAUGGACCAAGUGGAUGCACAAGCUCUGCUGUCCGUGCUGCUUCGGCAGGAGUUGCUUGAUCCCGAAUCAAGGAUACCUGAGCGAGGCGGGCGCCAGCCUGGUCGACCGCAAGCUGGGCCUCGGCAUCGUGCCGAACACUAGGGUGGUGAAACUCGUCAGCGAGGUGUUCAAUUACCCUCGUCUGGAUCGUCAGAAGGCGCGCAUGAAGCAAGUCAUCAUGGACCAGUUCCCUACAGUGGGGUCGCAUUUCAAUCGCAUCGGGCUACCGCCGAAGAUCGGCUCUUUCCAAGUCUUCGUGGAUGGUUACAAGGACGCCGAUUACUGGCUGAGGCGGUGGGAAAGCGAGUCCAUGCCGGCGCGCCUGAGUCGGGAGUUCCAGCUCCAAUUCGAACGUCUGGUCAUUCUAGAUUACAUCAUCAGAAAUACAGACAGGGGUAACGACAAUUGGCUGAUCAAAUACGAUACUAGCGUUAGCAAAAACGGAUCCGAACAGGGUGAGGUGAAGAUCGCAGCGAUCGACAACGGCCUGGCCUUUCCCUUUAAGCAUCCAGAUUCUUGGAGGGCGUACCCUUACCACUGGGCAUGGUUGACUCAGGCGAAACAGCCGUUCAGUGAAGUCACGAGAGAGCUAGUCCUGCCGCAACUCUCGGACCAGAAUUUCGUGCAGGAUCUCUGCGAUGAUCUGUAUCAGCUGUUCAAACAAGAUAAGGGCUUCGACCGACAUCACUUCGAUAGGCAAAUGAGCGUGAUGCGUGGCCAAAUUUUGAAUCUACAACAGGCUCUGAAAGACGCUAAAAGCCCCGUGCAAUUGGUACAGAUGCCGGCUGUAAUCGUGGAAAAGGCCAAAGGAAACGGCGCUCCCAGAUUGUUUUCGUUCUCUGACACGUUUACCCAGCGCUUCCAGAACAAGAGUCCGUUCUUCUCCUGGUGUUGAAAACAAGCAUCAGAGUGACUUGAAUCAGAGUGUUCGCGAAUAAGUGUCAGUGGUAUCGGUGUCAGUCACAUCGUCCUCUCCGCCGCGAGGAAUGUUAUUACUUAUUUUUCUAAGUUCCAUCUACAUUUCUACCUCUCUUUCUUAAGUUUUACCUCUACAGUGCGGCGGCAAAUCGACCGGGAGGACACGGGAAGUUAUCCUAUUUAGGCUGUCUUGUAUUUAUCAUCUCUUUCUCUCAGUUUAAUCGGGAUACAAGAUAUUCGUACAACUAUAUUGUAUACAGUAAAUAUAUGUACAUAUACAAUGUUAAAACACAGUUUCUUUCAAUGCGCUUAAUGCGCGAACAAAGUGUAAAAACGGGCGAAUGGAAUUUAAUAUACAACACAUAGAAAUAAUAUAUAAUCCAUGAACACACGAAAAAAGAAAACGAUACAAACUGUACGAGAUGUCUCUUGCGUGUCUUCCACACGUGCACACGUACAUAUAUACACGCAUUGUAGUUUGUGCCAAUCGGUACCGUGAGAGGAGUGCAUAGAUCAAUACCUGGAGAGCGACUAAUGUCAUGCUACGGCCUAGAAAUUGGAAGAUAGAAAUAAUAUAUUUUCUUUCUUCCAUUUUCGCGUGACACGGUGGCAUUAGUCGCUUUUCAGCAAGGUGUCGAUUCAUAGAUACUUACAAUUCUGUAUAAAUUUUUGAAAAUUAAACUGUGAUCCUUGUAGUACGCAUGUCACGUCAUGUCGCGUAUGUACUGACAACAGGAAUUUCACGUAGUUAUACGUCAAGUACAAAUUGCUACUGGAAUACGUAGACGAAGUAGAGUUUCUAGCGCAUUUUUUAUGAAAUUGUAUUUUUGCCUAUUUUCUCUUUUGUAAUACACGCCGUAUCGCGAGAGAAGUAGAAUCACGUGAUCCUACGCUAGUGUGCGAAAAACUGAUAUCACAACGACAUAUCUUACGACAAGGAUAACACGAAGUUAGUGCUGAGCCGUGUGUCAGGCGUAUUUUAAUCAGAUUUUUAAAAUGUAAAACUUUGACCCCGAAAUAUUAUUUUCAACGUUUUGACAUUUAUUUAUUACGUUUUACGCAAAACAAUAUUAAUGCAACUGCGCAUUGUACAUAUAUACGAUAAGAGAGGGGAUCGGAAAGGGAAGCUGCAAUAUGGAGGUUGUUGAGGCUUGUUCAAAGAGAAAAGACUCGUGUACCAAUACAAUGGCGUGUCCAUGCAAGGCAAAAGUAAUUGUCAUCAAUAUCUCUUCAUCCAUGUACCUUUUACAAAUUAAGCUAUUAUUUUUAAUUCUCUUGACAUAGUGCUGAAAAAUCUUACUAUUAUGACUGAUACUCUGUACGCAAUGUUGAACCUUUCGUUAGAAUAAUUUGAUCGAUAGCUUGCAAAUUAUUAAUGUAUUCAUAAUUUACAGUUGUUAAUAUCUGAUUGUAAUUAUCAUGAUUGUAUAUUAUAGUCUAGUAUAAUAUACAAUAUAUUAUUAUUGACAAUUA